AUGAGUAAAUCCAAUUUUUCGUCCAGUGUCACUCUGAGGACAAGGUGCUUCACACUGAGGACAAGGUUCCUCACACGGGAACAAGUUUCGUCACUCUGAAGACAAGGUUCCUCAAUCUGCGGACAAGGUUCCUCACUCUGAGGACCAGGUUUCUCAGUCUGUAAGCAGGUUCCUCACACUGAGAACAAGAUUCCUGGCACUGACGACAAAGUUCCUCACUCUGAGAACAAGGUUCCUCACUCUGAGGACAACUUUCCUAACUCUGACGACAAGGGUCCUCACACUGAGGACAAGGUUCCUCACUCUGAGAACAAAGUUCCUCACUCUGAGGACAAGGUUCCUCACUCUGAUUACAAGGUUUCUCACUCUGAGGACAAUGUUCGUCACUCUGAGGACAAGGUUCCUCACUCUGGGGAGAAGUUCCCCACCCUGAGGACAAGGUUCCUCACUCUGAGGACAAGGUUCCUCACUCUGAUUACAAGGUUUCUCACUCUGAGGACAAGGUUCGUCACUCCGAGGACAAGGUUCCUCACUCUGAGGACAAGGUUCCUCACUCUGAGGGCCAGGUUCGUCACACCGACGAAAAGGUUCCUCACUCUGAGAACAAGUUUCGUCACUCUGAAGACAAGGUUCCUCACUCGGAGGACAAGGUAACUCACUCUGAGGACAAGGUUCCUCACUCCGAGGACAAGGUUCCUCACUCUGAGGACAAGGUUCCUCACUCUGAUGAGAAGAUUCCUCACUCUGAGGACAAGGUUCCUCACUCUGAGGACAAGGUUCGUCAGCCUGAGGAAAAGGUUCUUCACUCUGUCAACAAGGUUCGGCACUCUGAGGACAAGGUUCUUCACUGUGAAGGCAGGUUCUUUACUCUGAGGACAAGAUUCCCCACUCUCAAGACAACGUUCCUCACUCUGGGGACAAGGUUCUUCACUCUGAAGGCAGGUUUCUCACUCUGAGGACAAAGUUCCCCACUCUUAGGACAAGGUUCCUCACACUGACUACAAGGUUCCUCACCCUGAGGACAAUGUUCCUCACUGUGAGGACAAGGUUCCUCAAUCUAACGACAAGGUUCCUCACUCUGAGGUCAAGGUUCCUCACACUGAGGACAGGGUUCCUCACAAUGGGAAGAAAGUUCCUCGCGCUGAGGACAAGGUUCCUCACUCUGAGGACAGGGUUCCUUACUCUGAGAACAAGGUUCCUCACUCGCAGGACAAGGUUCAUCACUCUGAGGACAAGGUUCCUCACUCUGAGGACAAGGUUGCUCACUCUGAGGGCAAGUUUCCUCACUGUGAAGGCAGGUUCUUCACUCGGAGGACAAGGUUUCUCUUUUUGAGGACCAGGUUCCUCACUCUGAGGACAAGGUUGCUCACUCUGAGUACAAGGUUGCUCACUCUGAGGACAAGGGUGCUCACUAUGAGGACAAGGUUCUUCACUCUGAACGCAGGUUCCUCACACUGAGGACAAGGAUGCUCACUCUGAAGGCAGGUUCCUCACACUGAGAACAAGGUUCCUCACUCUGAACGCAGGUUCCUCACACUGAGGACAAGGUUCCUCACUCUGAGGACAAGGUUCCUCACACUAAAGACAAAGUUCCACACUCUGAGAACGAGGUUCCUCACUCUGAGGACAAGGUUCCUCACUCUGAAGUCAGGUUCCUCACUCUGAGGACAAGGUUCAUCACUCUGAGGACAAGGUUCUUCACACUGAGGACAAGGUUCCGCACUCUGAGAAGAAGGUUCAUGAGUCUGAGGAGAAGGUUCCUCACUCUGAGGACAAGGUUCCUCACUCUGAGGAAAAUGUUCCUCACACUGAGGACAAGGCUCCUCACUCUGAGGACAAGGUUCUUCACUGUGAGGACAAGGUUCCUCUCUCUGAGAAAAACGUUCCUGACACUGAAGACAAGGCUCCUCACUCUGAGGACAAGGCUCCUCACUCUGAGGACAAGGUUCCUCACUCUGAGGACAAGUUUCCUCACUCUGAGGACAAGUUUCCUCACUCUGAAAGCAGGAUCGUCACUCUGAGGACAAGGAUCAUCACUCUGAGGUCAAGGUUCCUCACUCUGAGGACAAGGUGCUUCACAGUGAGGACAAGGUUCCUCACACUGAAAACAAGGUUCCUCAUUAUGAGGACAAGGUUCCUCACUCUGAGGACAAGGUUCCUCACUCUGAGGACAAGGUUCUUCACACUGAUUACAAGGGUCCGCACCCUGACAACAAGGUUCCUCUUUCUGAGGACAAGGUUCCUCACUCUGAUAUUAGGUUCCUUACUCUGAGGACAAGGUUUCUCACUCUGAGGACAAGGUUCCUCACUCUGAAGUCAGGUUCCUCACUCUGACGACAAAGUUCCUCACUCUGAGGACAAGGUUCUUCACACUGAGGACAAGGUUCCGCACUCUGAGAAGAAGGCUCAUGACUCUGAGGACAAGGUUCCUCACUCUGAGGACAAGGAUCCUCCCUCUCAGAAAUAGGUUCCUCACUCUGAGGACAACGUUCCUUACUCUGAGGAAAAGGUUCCUCACACUGAGGACAAGGCUCCUCACUCUGAGGACAAGGUUCCUCACUCUGAGGACAAGGUUUUUCACUCUGAAGACAAGGUUCCUCUCUCUCAGGACAAGGUUCCGGACUCUGAAGGCAGGUUCCUAACACUGAGGACAAGUUUCCUCGUUCUGAGGACAGGUUUCCUCACUCUGAGGACAAGGUUCCUCACAGUGAGGACAAGGUUCCUCAUUCUGGGGACAAGGUUGCUCACUCUGAGGACAAGGUUCCUCACUCUGAUGAAAAAGUUCCUCACACUGAGGACAAGGCUCCUCACUCCGAGGACAAGGUUCCUCGCUCUGAGGAGAAGGUUCAUCACUCUGAGGACAAGGUUCCUCACUCUGAGGACAAGGUGCUCCACACUGAGGACAAGGUUCCUCACACUGAGAACAAGGUUCCUCACACUGAGAACAAGGUUCCUCAUUAUGAGGACAAGGUUCCUCACUCUGAGGACAAGGUUCCUCACGGUGAGGACAAGGUUCCUCACUCUUAGGACAAGGUUCUUCACGCUGAGGACGUCGACAAUAUUCCGCACACUGAGGACAGGGUUCCUCACUCUGAGAACAAGGUUCCUCACACUGAGGACAAGGUUCCUCACACUAAGGACAGGAUUCUUCACUCUGAAAACAAGGUUCCUCACCCUGAGAACAAGGUUCCUCACUCUGAGAACAAGGGUUCCUCAAUCUGA